CAGAAAUGCCUCUACAGGAGAAAGGAAGUAUCCCCAGUUUGCAGAUGUUGCAACAUGAACAUAUGAGACCUGAUAGGAGCCUCUAUCAACCAUGUCAUUUCCCCUGUUCCCUGGCUCAGCAAUGAGGAACAGCUAGCAUCCUCACACCACCAUGACUGACUGAUGUGACGUAGAGUAUGACUAUGCUGCUUGGCAAGGGAGCUGUCAUCUGUGGCCAACUGAGAAUACAGCUUGGUGAUUAGUGAAGUGGCAAUUCGAGGCGACUAUGUGCCAGUCGGAGGUGCCAAAGGUCAGAAUAGGCCUUAACAGUCCUGACCCGCUGGUGAGAGAGGCUUUUCUUAUGGCCCAUGACUACAUAGACUAUAUAACCACAGGGGGGGCAGAUGGCACUAUGGGUCCUGCCACUACAGCCUGCACUGCAGCCCUGCGCCACGCGGGAGACGAACUCCUCACCCGCUUCCCCAUAUUCUUUAGGCGCUGGCCUCGCGUCUUCCAGGAUGUGACGGAGAACACGGCCUGCUCCAUGCUCACAAGCAUCCUGGAUGAGCACUUCUUUCCCCCUGCCCCUGGGGGGCGGCGCAGGGACCUGGCCUGGAGUGCGGUGCUGUCAGUGUACGUGCUGGCUGGCCAGAUGGCCCUGCAUUGCCAUGAGAGGGGUAUGGUGGUGGUCCUGCCACAGCUGAAGGAGUGUGUGGGGGCCUACGUGGAGAGGGUCAUCUGCCCUGAGAUACGAGACAAGGGAGGAUGGUGUGGUUUUGUGGCACGCUUUGGAGAGAAGCAGGGCUUGGAGGUCCAGGUGAAGAGAGUGUGCUGUUGGACACUGCUGGCAUUGGCCAUCAGCAGCCUCACCUACUUCCUCUGGAAAAGAAUGACUUAGCCAACACUGCCACCUAGUGACCACAACCAGAAGGUCCUCCAGAGUGAGCUACCACAUGAAAAUGUCGGCAGAGGGAUUCUAGUCCAUGUUUUAAUCCUGUAGAAAUGUGUCAGUCAGUAAAUAACCCAUACACAGUAAUUCACAUCAUUCAGUGUUUAUAUAAUGUUCUGGAGAGAACAGAUGUUCAGAGUUCUGGUAUCAGGUGUUGUAUGGAGCAUUUAAGCCAUUCCCAUAGUCACAUGCUCGGAAAACUGAGCUAACAGUGUUGGUGUAGCAGGAUGUGAACUUCGAGCAGGCAUUGUAAAUUAGUCUGCUCUGAGUUCCUUGUUCGGUGUGCAUGAAUUGACAAUUACGAACCAACUGAUCAGACUAAAAUGCCC